CAGUGUGUGUGCCUGUGAGUCGCGUCGCGUCGUUUUGCGGUAAAAAUUUUGAUCAAAAUUCUUUGAAAAAGUUUUGAUUGGGGAUCGAAAUAAAUUCAAGAAAAUGCAAAUGGUUAUCUAUGAGUUCAUAGCAUGUUACAAGAAACAGGAAAAUUUGUGGAAUAACAAGCAUAAACACUACAAUGAUAGAAGUAUGAGAAAGAGAGCAUUGGAUAAAUUGACAGAGAUUCUUCGAAAGGCUGAACCUGAUGCCAACAGAGAUACUGCUACCAAAAAGAUUAACUCCUUGAGGACGAAUUUUAACAAUGAAUACAAGAAAUUGCAGAAGUUUAUGUCUGAAACAGAUGAAGAUAUCUCUCACUAUAAACCACGCAAUCCUUAUUUCUUCAGUCUCAUGUUCCUCGCUGAUCUGGACAAGAAAAAUGAAGAAAAGGGCAGCAUUCUUAUUGCCAGGAGUCCGGUACGCGACACAGACUUAAAAAUUAAUAACAGCAAUGAGGAUGAUUAUACUGCAAUUUUUGACUCAGCUGAUGAUUCUACCAAUCACAAUUUGGAGGAAGAUGCAGAGGUCAGCCAAAUUGUAUUCGUGGAGGGUUUCAACACCGCCAAGGACGAGAAAUCUUCAGAGACUAGAUCAUCGCUGAGGAAACGCAAGAAAUCAGAGGAUGGAAAUAAUUCCAAUAUUUUUGAUGAUCCUCAAAUUCAGCUAAAUGAUGAAUGUGAAGCAUUUGGAAAAUAUAUUGCAGCUCAAAUGAGGACUUUGGACCAUGAGCAAAAGAUCAUACUAAAGAAAGUUAUUAAUGAAGCAAUGUUCCGUGCGGAAAUGAGGAAUCUUAAUGUUAAAACACGUUUAACGGAUUGAGAAUAAAAAUUCAAUUAAA